AUGGUUAAGUGCGUGUACUUACGCGUGUCUUCCACGGACAAUGCGAAAUGUCUUGUGAAUGGUGGCUCGAACUCCAUAACAUAUACACCGGUUUCAUCGAUCAGCAACCAAACCACCGGAAUCAGUGUACCCGCACAACGCGGAGCAUUCAAACUUGCUGAACCACAACACACUAAAUCGCAUUCAGUGACGUCCACAGUUUUCCUUCGGGAGUCAAAUCCAAAUUCCGCCAAUCGUUCAGCCGGCGGUAGUCUGUCCUGCGGCCAACCGAGUCCUUCUUCUACUACAGAAGAAUCUGUGCUCAGUGCCUUAUCCCCAACGAGUAGCAACAAUACCGUGCGUACUACACCGGGACGUCCGCAACACCAGUCAUAUUGGUUGCACCAGUCUGAGCUCGCCUUACCCACUGAUCGUGAUCUAGUGGGAACUACGAACGCAUUGAAUGGAGGAGCCUAUACACCUCAGUCGGAAAUUCGUGUCGCCAGUGUGAGUAAUUUGGACGCGGCUUCCAAAAGUCAAACAAUCGGUAGUUUUCAUACGCUCGAUCAGAACGGAUCACGGUAUCUGUCCGGUUCAAGCAUGAUUUUCGCAGGACACCACAGUCGUAACGAUGGUGAAGACUAUCUAGGAAACUUUGCAUCUGGACCGAGUCAUCGCAAAAUACAGAACUUGCAUGGAUCCGGAGCAGCCCAACGUCGAUUUCCGUCAGACACCACGUUAAAUUUCACACCUCGAGAUGGAGCCCAGGCAAGUGUGUUGGAUGGCUGCGUUUAUUUUUACCCAAAUAGACGAACAUCGAUUUAUUUGGAGAAAAUCUACUCCGUUUAUACAUCCGGGAGCAAACCCGGUCCGGUCACGAUCCCGGCUCGAAGCCGUAGCGCCCAGCCCAGUCCGGGCCCAAGUCCGAUGGCCAGCCCAACCUCGUUUUAUCGUGCCUCCGAUAGCAACCUAGCCCAGGAUUACGGAGCUUCGCAAAUGGAUAAGCGAUCGCGAAUGAUGAAAAUUACUCCCAUUCACCAUCAAGCUAUGGACAUGAACUACAGUCAUUCACGCCGCGGAACCUCUUCGCCCCCGGGUUUAGAGAAGCAGAAAGCCAAUUCCUUCUCUGUAGAUGGUCCAGAUGAUGAAAAUGAAUCGCCAAUAUUACCCUCAGUACGAGAAAUCAUUCGUCAAGUGGAAGCAAUGACACAGUCCAACGCAGCCACUUCGACCACGGAUAUCUCAACCCUGGGUCAAACCGGGCAAAGUGGAAUCCCACGCUAUCAGCGUCAGUAUCAACCACGGCGCACACAAAAUACCAACGCUGAUCAGUUUGCUCGAGGUGGUGGGAUUUUACGUCAGUCCGCCGGGAGCAGUCAGCGAACUCCCAGUGCACCUCAGCUACGUACUCAGUAUACUCCGAUCCAGGCAAAAUUCAAUGCUUCUGUGGCCGCUGCAUCCUCACAAACCAAGCCGGUUGCUCCACCGGUUCCUCCUCAUGGAACUACAAGAAGCAAGGCAAUUAUUGGCGCUUUCACGAGGCGUGUGGAUCCCAACUAUACCGACUUCGGCGGAGGUGGCAAUGCAAGCAAGAAGACCGAGUUGCUGAGUCAUUUACCGACGGAUUAUCAAAAGCUUCGGGAGGCGUUCAUCGAACAGCGGCGCGAGAUCCAACGCCUCCGAAAACAAUUGGCUGAGAAAGAUGUCCUUAUAACCCAGCUACAGAAUGAUAUUCGGCUAUACGAACCGUGGCGAUAG